AAUGGAGAGAUUGCCAUGCUGGGAGAGAUCACACACCUCCAGGCCAUCAUUGAUGACCUCACUGUGCUGACAACUGAUCCUCACAAACUGCCGCCAGCGAGUGAACAGGUGAUAAAGGACCUUAAGGGGUCGGAUUACAGCUGGUCCUAUCAGACCCCUCCCUCAUCCCCCAGCAGCUCCUGCUCCCGCAAGAGCAGCAUGUGCAGCAGCGUCAACAGCGCCCACAGUAGUGCCUCCCGUUCAUCAGGGGGAGGCGGUGGUGGUGGUUUUGGUGGAGGCUCCCAGCCCCACUCACCCACCUCAUCCUCUUCCUCCUCCUCCUAUCGCUACCGCAGCAACCUGCCGCAUCAACCCCCACCACCGGGGGGCAUAGCGGCACACCGCCUCAGCAGCGUCUCCUCCCACGACUCGGGAUUCGUGUCCCAGGAUGCAAACAUCUACUCCAAGCCCCCCUCACCCAUGCCCUCGGACAUCACUAGCCAGAAGUCGUCCAGCUCAGCAUCGUCAGAGGCCUCAGAAACGUGCCAAUCAGUCAGUGAAUGCAGCUCCCCCACUACCUUUGGCACGUCCUUCGCUACCUUCCGCCCUGCUCUCUCUCACUCUGGCUCCCCCAGGCCACUCUCUGUCAUUCUUCCUGCCUCGUCCCCACCCUAUAGUUGCCCCCCCGGAUCCAGCUCCUCCUCUCCCACAUCAAAGGUUCCGAUGUGGAAGGAUUGGUCCAAAGCAGGUCAGUACGAGCAUGCGGGGGCGGCAGCGGUAGUUCAGAGAAGAAAGGAACCGCUUGAUAGACUGAGGGAGAACGAGAUGUCGCCGGUCCCCCAGGGAUACGCCACACCUACACAGCCUGAGGACGCGCAGAGACACAGGAUGACACCGGCCAACAUGGCUGCCAAGAGAGUCCCACUGCCCAUCAACCUGCAUCUGAAACUCCCACAGCCGAGCAACCACAGACCCUUAGCAGAGAGCAGCAAGUAG